GGCCGGGGCAGCGCCAUGCAGCGGGCGGCGGGCGCCGGCGGCCCCGGGGGCAGCGGCGGGGGCCCGGGCGCCGCCUUCUCCAUCGACUCGCUCAUCGGGCCGCCGCCCCCGCGCUCGGGCCACCUGCUCUACACCGGCUACCCCAUGUUCGUGCCCUACCGGCCGCUCGUGCUGCCGCAGGCGCUGGCCCCCGCGCCGCUGCCCGCCGGCCUGCCCCCGCUGGCCCCGCUCGCCUCGUUCGCCGGCCGCCUGGGCAACACCUUCUGCGCGGGGCUGGGCCAGGCGGUGCCCUCCAUGGUGGCCCUGACCACCGCGCUGCCCAGCUUCGCCGAGCCCCCGGACGCCUACUACGGGCCCCCGGAGCUGUCCGCCGCCGCCGCCGCCGCCCCCCGGGGCCACCCCGAGCCCGCCGCCCGGCGCGCCGACGGAGCGCUGGACUCGGACGAGCCGCUGCCGGCGCGCGACAAAGUGGCUGAGCCCCCGCCGCCCCAGCCUCCGCACUUCUCCGAGACUUUCCCGAGUCUGCCGGCAGAGGGGAAGGUGUACAGCUCAGAUGAGGAGAAGCUGGAGGUCCCAGCAGGAGACCCAGCAGGCAGCGAGCAGGAGGAGGAGGGCUCAGGCGGUGACAGCGAGGACAGCUUCCUGGACAGUUCUGCAGGGGCCCCAGGGGCUCUUCUGGGACCUAAACCGAAGCUGAAGGGAAGCCUGGGGACUGGAGCUGAGGAGGGGGCUCCAGUGGCCACAGGAGUCACCACGCCUGGGGGAAAAAGCAGAAGGCGGCGAACGGCUUUCACCAGCGAGCAGCUUUUGGAGCUGGAGAAGGAGUUUCACUGCAAGAAAUACCUGAGCCUGACCGAGCGCUCCCAGAUCGCCCAUGCCCUCAAGCUCAGUGAGGUGCAGGUGAAGAUCUGGUUUCAGAACCGCCGGGCCAAGUGGAAGCGCAUCAAGGCCGGCAAUGUGAGCAGUCGUUCUGGGGAGCCUGUGAGAAACCCCAAGAUUGUAGUGCCCAUUCCCGUGCAUGUCAACAGGUUUGCUGUGCGCAGCCAGCACCAACAGAUGGAGCAGGGAGCCCGGCCCUGACCGACCAGGCUCCUGAGGACCGGAAGGCGAAGGAUCUGCACCUGUGCCUGCCCAAGCCUCGCUGGAUGUUGCAGAUGAGGGGCCUGCUCUGGGGGAGGCCAGCUGCACUCACUGGAUUGCAGACAUGAGGACUUGGCCUGAAACUGUUCUAGAUACCUCAGAACGAGGGGUCUCAAAGGAUGCGGCGUUCAAAAUUUGAUCCCAGAGAGCUUCUGAAGCAGAAGUGAACUCCUGGGGUGGGGAUAAGAAAUACCCAAGGCUCAGAGGGUCCCUUGGCUAAGGCCUGAGGGGACAGCUUCUGGCAGAGGGAGGAAGUCCUGGGUGCUUACUGGCCUGGGGCCACAGUUCCUUAUUUAUUUUGUGUAAAGUUUGUAUAUAUGGAACUGUUUUGUCUUCGUCUGUCUGUACCCUGAAGGGAGACUGGGAAAAUUGUUUCCUUGAGCCUCACCCCAUUUGUCCCAUCCUACUGCUCUGUGAAGGUGCCAUCUUAUUGCUCUCUAGUAGAAGGGCGUGCCGAGGCAUGAAACGGAACUGUCAUGACCAACACGGGGUCUUCAGCAGCCCCCUCUUCCAUUCCUAAGCAUCCCUCCCCAGUGCACUCCACCCCUACCGGGGGCUGCUGGGCCAUUUCCGGGGAACAGGCAAACCUGUCUGCUCCUGGUGUCUUCUUGUUAGGAGAGGUGGCACACUUCAGGGACUCACUUCACUUUCACUGCAGCUCAGCUGACACUGUCCUGUCAGCGACUAGCGCAGGACCGGAGGCUCACUCACCUGAGCACAGCCUCAUCACUGCCAGCUCACACGCGUGUGGCUAGCUCACAAGCCAGGGCCUGGGGCAGAGACCCAUAGCCUAUCUGUCCUUGCAACUUUAGUCAUUUCUCUCCUGUCCUUUACAUUGUGAAGGGUUAGGCUCCCGGCAGCCUCUUCUACUAAAAAAGAAGACGGGUUAAGAGGCACCACUGCCAAACAGAUAGGAUGAGGGUGAGCCCAGGAUGGUUCUGGGAGUGUAUGGGGCAGAGAUUACGGGCAAAUCAAAUCCCAGGAGCAGAGCUCUAGCUAUCUGCAGAGACCUUGGGGAAAGGAGACUGUUUCAGUGCCCCACUGAGGCUGCCAUUGUGGUUGUGGUAACUAGGUUUUUGGAGAGAAACAGGACUUGUAUGGAUUAGGAAAACAGAAUAAACAAGCUAUGGAUAAGGCAAUUACCCACAAGGGAGGCGAGGAGGCACAACCCACACAUACCCCUGGCCUGCCUCAUAGGCCACUCUGGCCACUGGAGACUCAGAGAGGGGCAAACUAGUCAGUGUCCCAUUCAGUUAUGUUGAAUGUCUCGUAUGAGACCAAGAUUGUCUGUCCUUGGCAGUUCAUUUCUCCCAAGCAACUCUCUGGUGAGGACAUAGAUGUAGAGCAGGCUGUCUGUCCCUUGUCCUUGGAAACCUAACUUUGGCGUCACUUGGGAAUUUAAUCUUGAAUAUGUAGUCCAGACCCAAACAUAUUCCCAGCCAGGUACACCUCAAAGUCAACUCUCUGACCCCAUAUGCUUGAUCUACAUGGGAGAAGCCAAGGCAGAGGUUAAGCUGUUCUUCGGCAGAGCUGUUGUCCAGGCUCUGAGAGAAGGGGGGAUGCGCACUGGGCAGAACCGGGGAGUGGCCGGCACCUCGCCUUUUAGCUUCCCAUAAAGCCUCAACAGUGCUAAGCAGCUUGUCUUUAGGGAGUCCAGAGCUAGUCAGUCCCCUACCUACUCAUGGCACCGUCCUGACUCAGCUCCUAACAGACUUGAAAAGGGAGAUGUGGAUGAAAAAAAUAAAAUCUGGU